UACAAACAUGACACGAUGUCGAGAGUCUAGAAGAGGAAACGGACGUUAAUCUCUCACAGAGAGGGAUGAUGGCCCCGUCUCACUGCCUGAGCUGGUGCUUCUUAAUCAGAUCUGUGCUCCUUGUUUGGGUCUUCCUCCAUGAUGUGGAGGCCUCUGUUAAAAACUCUGUCAUUCAUAAAAAAGUUGGAGAUACUGUGAAGCUUUCAUCAGGCUUAUCAACUGAAGGGGUCACCUUUGCACAAUGGAAAUAUGGAAAUAAAAAACUUGCAGAAAAGAGUGGACUUGUUUCUGGAAACCAUCAGUUUCAGAGCAGACUAGAGUUCAACCACACUGACUUCAGUUUAACAGUGAAGAAACUGACUCUUCAAGAUUCUGGUGAUUUCAGUUUUAUCUCAGAUGUGAAUAACAAGCAAAGACCUACAGUUACUAUAACUCUGAAAGUUCAUGAGCCCAUAACUGAGCAGCCCAUCCUGACCUCCAGAAGUAUUCAGACUUUUCUAAAUGGAUCCUGUGUAGUUUUGUUGGAGUGUAAAGCAGCUUCUAACGUCAGCUACAGCAUCACUGUGGGAAACCAAACUUACAAUGAAUCCAGGCUGCAGUACAUCAUCAGAGCACAAGAUGGAGGCACAACAUUCAGCUGUACAGUCGCUAAUGUUGUCAGCCAGAAAUCGGCUUCAAAGACAGUGACAUGUGAAGAAGGGUCUACUAAAAUCAUAUUGAUUGUUAGGCUGUUUAUUGGAAUCCUGAUCAUUUUUCUGCUGGUCCUGGUCCUUCACUUCACAAACUCAAAGGAAAUACUCUGUAACAGAAGAAGCUCUGAAGAUGUUGGACAAGGUGAAGGUGGACCAGCAGAUAAAUGCAGUAAUUAAAGACCAGGCCAAGGAGUCUGGAGAAAAGAGCCUUCUGCAACAAAUAGGAUGCAAUCUGCCUCUCUUUCCUCAGUUCCUUAUUUUUAUCUGGUGGAGGUUAAUAUAUAUAUAUAUAUAUAUAUCCGUGGGCGGUCUCUCAUCCAUCCAAGCAUCAGUUGUUUAAGGAGCAU